CUUUCAAUUUCUUUUCUUCCUUCUGGCUUUUAGAUCUAAAACCCCAAAUUCAUGGCUUAAUUAGCAGUAACAUAAUAUCUGUUCCUGGGUCUGUUUUGUUACUUUUGCUCUGUUUUUGUGAGUUAAAAACAGGGAACGGUAGCUAUGGGGUUGGUGGGUGUCCAUGAGAAUGGUAAUGGGGAAAUGGCUUUGGCUUUGGGGAACAAGAACAAGUACAAGAGAAUGGAUUCCGAGCUAUCAGAUGACUUUGAUGAUGAGGCUUUGAAUCUUCAUCUUCAACAGCUGGAGAGGAACAAAAGUAUCAGGAAAUAUGUUCUUGCUUGUGCCAUUUUUGCAUCUCUCAACAAUGUUCUUCUUGGCUAUGAUGUAGGUGUAAUGAGUGGAGCCAUUAUAUUUAUACAGGAAGAUCUGAAGAUAACCGAGGUACAAGAAGAAGUUCUCGUCGGAAUUUUGAGCAUCAUUUCCCUUUUGGGCAGCUUAGCCGGUGGGAGGACAUCCGAUAUUAUCGGUAGAAAGUGGACAAUGGCCUUUGCGGCUGUCGUAUUUCAAAUCGGUGCAGCUAUCAUGACACUUGCACCUUCAUUCCAAAUACUAAUGAUAGGGCGAAUUUUGGCCGGAGUUGGUAUAGGCUUUGGCGUCAUGAUUGCUCCGGUCUAUAUUGCCGAGAUAUCACCUACUGUCAAUAGAGGCUCUCUUACCUCCUUCCCUGAGAUUUUCAUAAAUCUAGGAAUUUUGCUUGGUUAUGUCUCGAAUUAUGCAUUUUCCGGUCUUUCAGUUAAUACAAACUGGAGGGUGAUGCUUGCUGUUGGAAUUUUACCUUCUGUUUUCAUUGGGUUUGCACUUUUUAUUAUCCCCGAGUCACCAAGGUGGUUGGUCAUGCGGAACCGAGUUGAAGAAGCGAGAUCUGUGCUACUAAAAACACUCGAAAACGAGAAAGAGGUGGAUGACAGGCUUGCAGAAAUAGUAGCAGCUGCUGGAAUGUCUAAUGGGGAGAAGAAUGAAAAGAAAGCCGUGUGGCGUGAACUGCUAACUCCUUCUCCUCCAAUUCGUCGGAUGCUGAUCACCGGUUUUGGAAUCCAGUGUUUCCAACAAAUUACCGGAAUAGAUGCAACUGUGUAUUAUAGUCCCGAAAUCUUCAAGGAGGCCGGGAUUAAGAAUAACUCUAAGCUUCUUGCUGCAACAGUUUCUGUAGGUGUUACAAAGACUGCAUUUAUAUUGAUUGCUACGUUUCUCGUUGAUAGGGUGGGAAGGAAGCCCUUGCUCUAUGUGAGCACAAUUGGGAUGACCGUCUGUUUAUUGACCUUAAGCCUCACCCUUGGUUUACUGGGGCAGGGGCAGCUCAGAAUUGCACUGUCGAUCUUGUGCGUUUGUGGUAAUGUAGCUUUCUUUUCGGUGGGAAUGGGUCCUAUUUGCUGGAUUUUGACAUCCGAAAUCUUUCCCUUGAGGUUGCGAGCUCAAGCAUCCGCUCUCGGGGCUGUAGGUAACAGGGUAUGCAGUGGCCUUGUUGCCAUGUCAUUCCUCUCUCUUUCUCAUACAAUUACCAUUGCCGGAACCUUCUUCCUCUUCGCACUGUUGUCAGCGCUUUCUGUUCUCUUUGCUUACAAAUGUGUUCCAGAGACCAAGGGAAAAUCGUUGGAACAGAUUGAGAUGCUUUUCGGAAACCUUAACGAAUGGCAAGGAAGUGAAGUGGAGAUGGGAGAUUCGGAGCAUUUAGUACAGAAAGCGUGAGUAAUCGACGAUCGAUGGUGCAAUUUUCAAGGUGGGAUCUUGCUACUUUUGGCUUAAAAUGAGUGUAAAAAACAGGAAUCAUAUGAAAAAAUACAUCAUUCGUAGAGCUGUCAUCGUUCACCAGCCUGCAAGUGUUGGAUUUUCGAAAGGGAAUGUAUACUAGAACCCUUGAUACCUGUGAAGCUCCAUGAAUUGGUUACCUAAAGCAGGAACUAAAGUGUCAUUUGAGGUUCAUCAUCACAGUGUCUGAACUCUGAAGAUAUUUUUGCUACCCAAAUACUUGUAUCAAUGUACAAUUUCUUCGGACAAAUCGUAAAUAGUUGGAAAA